CGCUAUUUUUGGUGCUACCCGCUUAGACUUCUAUUUUCGUCUUCUUCAGGGGCUGGACAUACCAAGUUGCUUGCGAUAACUAAUUAUUUCUCCCUCACUUGUAGCCUACUGACGAAUCUCAUCCUUGGCCACCGGUCUCUUUCCCUGUAUGUUACUCGACAGUCAUUUCACAAAUAGGCUUCACAGGACUAGUAACAUACGACAUUGGCUUUUUGGAGGAAUAUUUAUCAUGUGGAUUUAGAACCUGUUGCGUUGUUGUGACAUUCUUACAAGAUGGAAUCACGGCGUCGGGACCUACGGUAGACAAAGCCCGACGGGACAGCUUUUUAUCAAGUGUCAGAGUCCUCGGUGUCGGCGCCCCUGGGGUCAGUCCCCAUGGACCUGCGUGUGACGGAGCGUGUGAUGCGGCCGGGUUCGGACACAGCCCUGCUGACCCCCCUGCACCCCCCGCUGCUCCUCAGCCCCUUCUCCCCCCAGCCCUGCACCCCUUUCUCGCAGCAGCAGCUGCACCAGCACAUACGGUUCAACAUGGAACAACGGAGACGUGAGCAGGAGCAGGAGAAACAGCAAGAGCUGCAGCAGCUGUGGCACAAGGACAAGAGCCAACAGAGUGCUGUGGCCAGUUCCCUGGUGAAGCAGAAACUCCAGGAGGUGAUUCUGAAGAAGCAGAAACAACAAGCCCUGGGAAGAACCAGCUCCAACCCUCUCAGUGGUCCCCCUGUGGGCUACAGGGAGCUGGCUCCAGACCCCAGUGGGCCGCCCCAGCCUCUAGUGUCCUCCCCCGCACAGGGUUCCAGCGACGGCUCAGAUGACACUCCUCUACGCAGGGCAGCCUCAGAGCCCAACCUGAAGGUGAAACACAAGCUGAAGAAACACCUGAACACUCGUAAGAGUCCUCUGACACGCAAGGACAGUGCCCCGUCCCCCAUCAAACACCGGGUGCCCGACACUCUGGACUCGUCCCCCAGCAGCAGUAGCACACCAGUGUCUGGCUGCAGCUCGCCUAACGACAGUCUACCCAAUGAGAACGGAGUGCUGCAAUCUGUUGGCGGGCUGUCCCAUGAGGUUAUUAUCCGAUUGGCCCAGAGACUGCUGCUCCAGGAUGGGUCUCUAGCCCACUUCACCGUCCAGAGUUCCUCAGUCCUACCCACCAUCACCCUGGGCCUGCCAGCCAAUGCCAGGAGUGAUGGAGACUUGUCCCCUCUGAAGGUGGGUCGGGUGCCUAUGGUGACGGGAGGCCAGUCUGUCUACCUUCCCCUGGGGAGGGAGGAGCAGAGUGGGUCGCUGUCCCCUCACUUCCAGCCUGUCCUCAUCCUGGAGCCCUCCGGACUGGUGCACGCCCCAAUGCUCACUGUUCCAGGCCUGGGCCCUGUUCCUCUGCAGUUUUCCCCCCAGAUGGAUCAUCUGGCCCCGGAAGGGGGCCCUCACAAGCCUCUGAGCCGGACUCGCUCAGAGCCCCUGCCCCAGAGCCCCAGAUCCCUUCACCCCCAUCUGCUGCAGCAGCACCACAACAGCCAACUAUUGGAGAGACUUAAACAGCAGACACAUCUGGGAAAGCUGAUGUCUAAGACCAGUGAGAAGCCUCGUCUCAAACAGAUCCCCUCAGAGGACAUGGACUCUGAGGAGGUGGGGCCAGCGCCCAGCGAUAUCUAUCAGGGCAGAUCAAGGGCGGAGUCACUGAGGGAGGCGGAGCUCGUGUCUGCGGCAGACAGCCAGGGAGGACAGAUCAACCUGCAACACACACUCAUACUCAACCAGUCAUUGCUAUGGGAGAAACAGAAACAGCUGCAGCAGCUGCGUCGCCAGACAGCCCACAUGGAGACACUGGCAGUACCCAUUAUGCUUGGCGGUGCCCACCGCCCCCUCUCCCGUACCCAGUCCUCGCCAGCCUCCACAUCCCUCACGUUGCCAGACAAACCCCUACCCCUGUCCACCCCAGAACCACAGAGCAAACCACGCUUCACCACCGGUCUGGUUUAUGACUCUCAGAUGCUGAAGCACCAGUGCACAUGUGGUGACAACAGCAGCCACCCAGAGCAUGCUGGGAGGAUCCAGAGUAUCUGGUCACGUCUCCAGGAGAGAGGUCUCAGGGGCCAGUGUGAGACUAUCCGAGGUAGGAAGGCCACUCUGGAGGAGCUGCAGUCGGUCCAUUCAGAGCGUCAUGUCCUUCUGUAUGGCACCAACCCUCUCAACCGUCUCAAACUGGACAACCGCAAGCUGUCCGGCAUUCUCUCUCAAAGGAUGUUUGUGAUGCUGCCAUGUGGAGGAGUAGGGGUGGAUAAUGACACAAUCUGGAACGAGUCUCAUACAUCCACGGCGUCGCGCAUGGCUGCAGGCAGCGUCACAGAGCUGGCCUUCAGAGUGGCCAAAGGAGAACUCAAGAAUGGCUUUGCAGUGGUGAGACCCCCGGGCCACCAUGCUGACCCCUCCAACCCAAUGGGUUUCUGCUAUUUCAACUCAGUGGCCAUUGCAGCCAAACAGCUGCAACAGAAACUGAGUGCCAACAAGAUCCUCAUCGUUGACUGGGAUGUUCACCAUGGUAAUGGGACCCAGGAAGUGUUUUACAAUGAUCCCAGUGUGCUGUAUAUCUCACUGCAUCGCUAUGACGAUGGCAACUUCUUCCCUGGCAGCGGCGGGCCGGCUGAGGUGGGAUCUGGUGCUGGAGAGGGCUUCAAUGUUAAUGUGGCCUGGACUGGAGGUCUGGACCCCCCUAUGAGUGAUGCUGAGUACAUCACUGCUUUUAGGACGGUGGUGAUGCCCAUAGCUCAGGAGUUCUCCCCUGACGUGGUCCUGGUCUCCUCGGGGUUCGAUGCAGCAGAGGGACACCCUGCACCUCUAGGGGGUUACAAGGUCACCUCCAAAUGUUUUGGGUUUCUUACCCGGCAGCUGAUGGGUCUGGCUGGAGGCCGGGUGAUCAUGGCUCUGGAGGGAGGUCACGACCUCACGGCCAUCUGUGACGCCUCUGAGGCCUGCGUCAGCGCUCUGCUGGGUAUUGAGGAGCCUCUGUCAGAGGAGGUGCUGCUGCAGAAGCCCAAUGCUAACAGUGUUCGCUCGCUACUGAGAGUCAUACAGAUACAUGGUCAGUAUUGGCAGUCCCUGAAGCUGUUCAGUAGCUCUGUGGGACUGUCCUACCUGGGUGCUCAGAGGAGAGACUGUGAGGAGACUGAUGCUGUCAAUGCUCUGGCCUCUCUGUCUGUGGGGGUCCUGACCAGCAGGAGCCACCCAGACGAGCCUAUGGAGCAAGAUGAGGACUCCAUGUAGAAGAUGCUGACCUUUAACCUCACAGACCUCUCCUUCAGGACAUCCCAAUAGCCUCGGAGAUCCUUCCCUGUCACACGACGAGGGGGAGGAGUGUAGAUUGUGGAUCUCUGCCUUAACCAAUGAGGCCCUAAAAUCACACAGUGCCUCAAAGACCACCGUCCAUUCUCCUCAGACUAUAUGCAGCGCACCUUAACACAGUGAAGAAUGAACUCAACACAGUGGAACUCAUGUAGCCUUCUGACACCACACCAAAGCCCUGUCAGUGUAUAUGUGAGAUAAAAGAUAUACACAUACAACUGAUUAUUAAACUAACUCUGUCCAUGGUCAGCAAUACAGAAUCAUUUAUAUUGUGUGUAUUCAGAAGGAUACCAGCCCGGUGCCGUGAUAUUGACCACUUUUUGGCCUUUUCAAAACUUUUUUAUUUUUACAGUAAAGCAAUACUAGCACCAGGUCUGUGGGUGUCUCUUGUUGUGUCAGUGAGCAGAGCAGACACCAGUCAGUGGCUCUGAGGAUGGCCCUGGAGAGAGAGGGAGAGACCGAGACCGACCAGCACCUGGCAACUGCUGAAUGGCUCAGUCAAUCCUUGAUGAUGUCAUUAAUAUUCAGUUUAACCACUAAAGAAGAAAAUGAAGAUGUGGUUUUAUCUGUUUUUGCACUGUGCAUUCCGUAAUGUGAACCGUUGAAAAUUCCAAACGUCGAGGGGGGGGGGGCUCUAGAUUAUUUAAUUAUCUGUUCAACUUUGAGGAUUGGAAGAUAUUUUUCUCCUCUGAAAUCCACUCACAUUCUAAGAAGACUCAUGCAUGUAUACACAAAUUAGUAUUUCUAAGUGCAUUUGCAAAAACUUCCUGUUUGCCCUGAUUGUAUUCUGAUUAUUCCACUGCUGUUCUUAGACAUGUCUUUAUACAUUGUUCACAUGGACACAUGUCUUUAUACAUUGUUCACAUGGACACAUGUCUUUAUACAUUGUUCACAUGGACACAUGUCUUUAUACAUUGUUCACAUGUCUUUAUACAUUGUUCACAUGGACACAUGUCUUUAUACAUUGUUCACAUGGACACAUGUCUUUAUACAUUGUUCACAUGGACACAUGUCUUUAUACAUUGUUCACAU